AAAAGUUUCCUUUUGGUUCCUGAGCUAUUAAUUAGCUGCAUUAAUAGUAUUCAUAUUUUAUAUAUAAUGUUUGUGUGUGUGUGUAUGUUGUGUGUGCUCUAUUCCUGCCAUUUAGGAGAUCUCUAUUGAUCUGUGAAUUUUUCUUUUAGACUGUAGGUGCAGGAGAUCCAACAAACACCUAAGGAGCUCCAAUUCUCUGACUCCUUCUCAGUAAUCUCUCCCUGCUAUGUCUGAUCAAAUUCUUGUGGACAACUGGACACACUGAUGUUGUCUUUCUUGUCAUGAUUUUAAGACAGAACCCCUAGGGACAAAAGCAAAAAAAUAAAGUGGGAGAGAGAUUCCGACUCUACUUUCACCUGUCUGGGAUCUCCUGACAGACAAAAAAAAGGGGGGGCUCGUGUAGGCUUUCACCCAUUCACAGCUUUCUCAGGAUUACCCAUAAAGGAGGACAUUGUGUGAGGUCAUUUGGAGCAGGACAAGCAUACCGGCGCACACAGAGACUCUAAAUGUAUGCUCUGCUCUUCUUAGCAGUUCUUCUCCAGCAGGUAACAGUUUUUUGGGGCAAACGGUUACCCUGACCUGAGAAGAUGCUGGAUCAGAAGGUCCACAACUUCUCGCUAAGUUGCAACCAAAGCAUGGAAUCCUUUCCGCUCAGCAACCUGUCGAAUCUGGAGGCAGGGUUUUGUGUGGGACUGGAGCUGGAACUGGGGCAGAAGAAGAACUGGGCAGCACUGUUGAUCAUGUUAAUUGUGGUCAUCACCAUCACCGGGAACAUUCUUGUCAUUAUGGCAGUCACAUUGGAGCGGAAAUUGCAGAAUGCCACCAACUACUUUCUCAUGUCACUGGCGAUAGCUGACAUGCUAUUGGGCAUCCUCGUCAUGCCCAUCUCCAUGGUGACCAUCUUGUAUGGUUACUCGUGGCCACUUCCGAACAUCCUGUGCCCACUGUGGAUCUACCUCGACGUGCUGCUGUCCACAGCAUCCAUCAUGCAUCUGUGUGCUAUCUCGGUAGAUCGCUAUAUUGCUAUCCGCAAUCCGAUAGCCCACAGCCGCGCCAAGUCCGCUUGGCGUGUCCGUGCCAAGAUAACUGCUGUCUGGACCAUUUCUGCCAGUAUCUCCAUGCCCAUCCCAGUCCUAGGCCUCCAUGACCACACCAAAGUGUUCAAAGAAGGGAGCUGCUUCCUGACAGACAGCUCAUUUGUGCUCAUCGGCUCCUUCAUGGCCUUCUUCAUGCCAUUGACCAUCAUGGUGGUAACAUACUUCCUGACCAUAAGUGCCCUCCAGAGCGAGGCCACACUCUGCCUGGAUCGGUUGGUGCCACGCCCCAGGUUUAGCGGUAGUUUGGCACUGGGCUUCCUCCCUUAUGAGAAGAAGCUGUUUCUGCGGCGCUCGUUGACCCUCAGCAAUGAACAGAAGGCAUCUAAAGUCCUGGGCGUUGUCUUUAUCCUUUUUGUCGUCAUGUGGUGCCCAUUUUUUGUUACGAAUAUCUUGGUGGCUGUGUGUGACUCCACUAUCUGCCACGACGACAUCAUCAGUGGACUUCAUAAUGUUUUUGUGUGGGUUGGAUACCUGUCGUCAGCCGUGAACCCACUGGUCUACACUCUUUUCAAUAAAACGUAUCGUUCUGCCUUUGCUAGAUAUGUAAGAUGUCAGUAUAGAGAGGAGAGAAAACCCCUGAGGCUCAUCCUGGUCAACACCAUCCCCCCGUUGGUCUACCAGUCAGCACUAGCUGAGGCUCUGGGAGAUUUCUCUUCACCACUUACAAGUAAAAAGCCACAACCUUGUAAAAGAAUCACUGAGGAAAGUGUUAGUUGUGUGUGAACACAUGAGCUGAAGUGUAGUUUGGUUGUGAUGAUACUUUAGAGUUCUUUUUUUUUUUUUCCAUUGUCAACUUCCUGAACAUCUGGUGAUCUGGUGAACAUCUCGUCAGGCCAAGAAACUGAAAUCUUCGUGAAAUGAAAUGUUUACUGUUCACCUCUGCGUAUGCCGGGGACAAACAUAGGAUCUAGGAUGAAAUCCAUACGCAGUCUGCUCCAUUGCACCGAAAAAAGAUAUUUUUGAACAGAUAUUUAUGAAGGAUUAUGUGGACUUACUACAUAGGAAAAGAAUGAAAUAUGAACAAACCAGCCAUGUGAAAAAUUGAAAAUUGAUCAAGUUCACAAAUUGUAUAAAAUUGCAUUUUAUGAUGUAAGGUUCUUAGAAGAAAAUGCUCUUGGAAAUCUUUUCAAAGGAUAUUAUGUGUAUAUAGAAAGAGCUAAAUUGUGCAGAAAUGUGAUUGGAUGUAAUGAUUUUAUAAAAUGGGUACCAGUGGCUUGGGUUCCUGAUGAGCAUUUUACCUCCAAUCGUAUGGUCUGUCCUGCAAGUAUGUAAUGUAAUCUAUUGAAAACACCAAAAUAUACAGUACAUUAUACUUUUUUUGU